CUUCUACAAAUUCUUGCCAAGCAGAAAGCUCUUUUACAUCAAUGAACCAUGUUGAUGUAUCAAGCAGCAAACCCAUAUUUCAUUUUCAGAAGCAUCUACCAACACAAAUUCAGGUUUUGCAGCAUUCUGUUGAAGAACCAAUGUUACUACCCUUCACCUUUGACAACACCGUAACAUUUGGUAUGCAAUCAGUAAACACAGGAAGUGAGUCCAAUAUUUUAACUGAUGGCCAAAAAACGAAAGAUUUCAUGGAAACAAUUGUGCCUUUACUGUUGGAAUGCUGGGUUGAAUGUAACCCUGCCCAAGUGACAACUGGUCUCCCAGACAGUGUGAUGUCUCCUUCAUCCAUCAAUGUCAUGUUAGCUAUAGCAGAAAUUUUCAAAGUUAUUUUCAAAGCAGCUGAAAGAAAUCAAACAAAGCAUUCCAACAUCCUGGAGCAGACUAAAGUUGAAAACUUCCUGCCUGAUAUAUACAGAGAACUUAAUCAUCACUUUAUGAGCCACUUUCCAUUCACAGCAUGUCAUACUCCAUUGCUUAAGAAAGAGAAAAAGAAGUUUGGAAAAUCAUCUCAACAGGAUGUGGGAGAUAAAAUCAGUUCUUCUGUGUUAACUCUAAACCUUGCAAUCUGUGAAGUAAUGCUACAGUUUGUAAGAAAUGAUGUUGCUUUAAAGAAGAAGUAUCAUUCUGCAGUUCAGAAACUUGAAGACUUUGUUAUAGAAUCACUGCUGUUGAAGGCAAAAGGAGGUGCUUGGGCUCAACAAUUUCAGACAGAGCAUGUGGAGAGUUUAAUCAAGUUUGCUCAUCAGAUUCUUUGUGGAAAACAAGAUUCUGAUACAGCAAGACAACUGCUCAGUGCAACUUUCAACUUGUACCAGUCCAGCCACAUCAUGUGUGGGACAAAGAAGAUGCUGAUGGUGUUUUUUAGCAGCCUUGCAUUUCCUGAGAACCCAGAUGUGUCAAGACAUGAAGAGGUACAUGCAGUGGUUCAGAAAUGGCUCCAAGGAUUGCCAAGUGUGUUGCUGCUGUUGAAGGAUGCCAGCCCAAGCAUGACAGAACUUGUCCUUAGAGACAUGAAAAAGGCAAUGGUGCAAUGUGUCCCACAACCAGAUCACAACUUUUUGGCUCAUCUGUCCUUGUUCUUUUCCAAGAAUAGUGGACCUUUUGUAAACUUGAGUGAAACCAUUCAGAGAUCAGCAGUGGAGCUGUUGUUUCACCUUCCAUCAUUGGAUGACAGUUUGCUACAAAACAUUGUGUGCUGCUGUCAUGGUGGUCAAGUUGGAUUAUCAGUGAUUCAAUACAUUCUCCAAAUCCUGCAUUACAGGUCUCCAGGCUAUCAAGGAUUUAUGUGCCACCCUGCAGCAUUUUCUCUUGAAACAUACUCAAGUGUUCUUUUAAAUGUAGCAGUAGGCUUCUCUAAGAAACAGUUGACUGAGUAUCAAGACACAACAAAUCUUGCAGAGACCCACAAGCUGACUGACUUCAUGUAAGAACAUGUUUAGUGUUGAUCAGCCUUGGAAAUCGUAAAACUCC